UCAGCUCCAGAGGUCUCUCUCUCUCUCUCUCUCUCUCUCUCCUCCCCAUUUUGACGCCCUUUCUCAUUUGCACUCAGAAAUUGACGAGUUUAGAUAAAUACAUAUAUAGAUAUAGAAGAAGUUUUACAGAGACAAGAAGAGAGGAGAUUUCGACAGGGAAAAGAUCUUCCUUUCUUAUUUUUCUUUUCUAAUUUUUGGGUCACUCUGGAAUAGGAAAUGGCUCUUAGGCGCCUUCUUAGUGAGGUCAAAAGGCAGGAAUCGCAGUUGAGGCAGUUAAGCAAUCUGGCUGCUCGACCUUGUCGAACUUCACCAUAUGCAGUGCACGAGCUUUCUAGUAAUGUCAGAGCAAGCACCCUUGGAAGAUCUAGUUAUUUUGGUAGUCUAGCUCGUAGAGUCCGUGAUAAUGAUGGAUCAGGUGGUGCUGCAUAUCUUAAGGAGCUCUAUCAUCGAAAUGAUCCAGAGGCGGUCAUAAGGUUGUUUGAGAGUCAACCUUCACUACAUUCUAACCCAUCAGCUCUUGCUGAAUAUGUCAAGGCUCUGGUUAAGGUUGACCGUCUUGAUGAAAGUGAGCUGCUUAAGACAUUGCAUAGAGGAAUGUCAGGAGCCACAGGCUCACAGGUAGAUGAAGAAGGUAUUGGAGCACUUUCAGCUCUUAGAAAUGUGGGAAAAUCAUCAAAAGAUGGGAUCCUUGGUACAGCAAGUGCUCCUAUACACAUGGUGACCGCUGAAGGAGGAAAUUUCAAGGAGCAGUUAUGGCGCACAGUGCGUGCUUUGGGUUUGGCCUUCCUCCUAAUUUCAGGUGUUGGGGCACUGAUUGAGGAUAGAGGAAUUGGUAAAGGUCUUGGUUUACAUGAAGAAGUGCAACCCAGUAUGGAAUCUAAUACAAAAUUUAGUGAUGUGAAGGGAGUUGAUGAGGCCAAAGCUGAGCUAGAAGAAAUUGUCCAUUACCUUCGUGAUCCUAAGCGCUUCACACGUCUUGGUGGCAAGCUUCCAAAAGGUGUUCUGCUAGUUGGCCCCCCUGGCACAGGGAAAACUAUGCUAGCAAGAGCCAUAGCUGGAGAAGCUGGUGUACCUUUUUUUUCUUGCAGCGGCAGUGAAUUUGAAGAAAUGUUUGUUGGUGUUGGAGCACGUAGAGUAAGAGAUCUCUUUGCUGCUGCCAAAAAGAGGUCGCCAUGUAUAAUUUUUAUUGAUGAGAUUGAUGCCAUAGGAGGAAGCCGCAAUCCUAAGGAUCAGCAAUACAUGAAGAUGACUUUAAAUCAGUUGCUUGUUGAACUGGAUGGCUUCAAACAAAAUGAGGGGAUUAUUGUAAUUGCUGCAACUAAUUUUCCAGAGUCCUUGGAUAAGGCACUGGUGAGGCCUGGACGAUUUGAUCGCCAUAUUGUCGUUCCAAACCCUGAUGUUGAAGGCCGGAGGCAGAUCUUGGAAUCCCACAUGUCAAAGGUUCUAAAGGCUGAGGAUGUCGAUCUCAUGAUCAUCGCAAGAGGAACUCCAGGGUUCUCGGGUGCUGAUCUUGCGAACUUGGUCAACGUUGCUGCUCUCAAGGCUGCAAUGGACGGUGCCAAAGCAGUGACCAUGGCUGAUCUCGAGCACGCCAAGGAUAAAAUCAUGAUGGGAAGCGAGCGUAAAUCAGCAGUAAUAUCUCCCGAGUCACGGAAACUGACAGCUUACCAUGAGGGAGGUCACGCUCUUGUAGCCAUACAUACUGAUGGGGCAUUACCAGUGCAUAAAGCAACUAUCGUUCCACGAGGCAUGGCUCUUGGGAUGGUUUCCCAAUUGCCGGAAAAAGACGAGACAAGUGUCUCACGUAAACAAAUGCUUGCUCGUCUUGAUGUAUGCAUGGGUGGAAGAGUUGCGGAGGAGCUCAUCUUUGGGGAAAGUGAAGUUACUUCAGGUGAGGUGCGUCAUCUCCAGCAAGCAACCAGUUUGGCUAGAGCAAUGGUUACUAAGUAUGGCAUGAGCAAACAGGUGGGAGUCGUGACCCACAACUAUGAUGAUAAUGGUAAGAGCAUGAGCACUGAGACUAGGCUCCUAAUUGAACGCGAAGUGAAGGAGUUUCUGGAAAGGGCAUAUAACAAUGCCAAGCACAUCCUUACCACGCAUAAUAAGGAGCUUCAUGCUCUUGCUAGUGCUUUGCUUGAGCAUGAGACUCUGACAGGGAGUCAGAUCAAGACCCUGCUUGCUCAAGUCAACUCUCAGCAAGCACAGCAACAGCCACAACAGAUAGUUGCAACUCAAAGUAACUCACAGUCUAAUGCUACUCCACCAUCAACCCCAAAUGCAGCUGCAUCAGCUGCCGCGGCUGCAGCAGCUGCUGCUGCUGCUGCAACUGCUGCAGCCAAGGCAAAAGGCAUUGCCCCUGUAGGAUCUUAGCUUGCAAAUCCCGCUUACAAUUAUGGGAAGAUCUUGGCAUAAUGACCACUGCCAAAAUGUACGGACUGGAUAUUCAUAAGCUCUGAUGUGCAUAUGGUUAGUUGUUUACAUUCAAAUGCAAGCAUUUUCUCCUUUUGAGAAUGACUGAAUGUUCGGAUUACUGCCAAUGACAUGAUUAUUUAUGUAAGUUUAGAAAAUGAGUACUGAGUUGUAGAAAUAAAUGUUAGUGAGCCAGAAACAUCUAAGUGUAGCUGUGAUUUUGUCGUCCAUUUGGGACAAUUUUUAUGUUGCUUGUAAUUUAUCUGACCAAACAAAUCGUUUCACUGUUUUCUCAGAGUUGGAAGUGGAUGCCUCAA